CUCUCAUUCUGUUUGCUGGGGCAGCUCAGUAUAGCAGAGGCCUACCCCUAAUAUUCUGCCUCCACUUCUGCUCCGUCGGUGUUGGGCCUUCCCAAGCUCCCUGCUUCUACCCAUAGCUGCUUUUGUCCCCUUUGCUCCUGUUUGUCUAGUCACUGUCAAUUCUACCAGUCCCUUGGAAUGAAGAUGGCCAGCCUUAACAGGGAUUAUGCUUUUGUAGAUAACGUUUGAGGAUGUGGCUGUGGAUUUCACCUCAGAGGAAUGGCAGCUACUUGAUCCUACUCAGAAGAUCUUGUACAGAGAUGUGAUGUUGGAGAACUAUAGCAACCUGGCUUCUUUGGGCCGACGACCUUGCAAGCCUGACAUAGUUUCCAGGGAGGAGUGUUGGGGAGAGCCAUGGCCAGGAGGCAAGUCUCUCCUGCAACAAGAGGUUACAGAAAUCUGUCUAGAUAAUAAUCUCAAAAUGUGGCACCAGGAUAAUCAACACAAGAUUAAAAGUGUGGAGAAUGAACAUGAAUAUGACAUUUUGGGGAAAACAUUUCACUCAAGGAUUAACUUUGUUCAUUUAGGAACAAGACCCUCUCAAUGUUUCACAGGCAAACAAUAUUUGAAACAUCCCUUUGAUUUUCUUAUUCCAAAAAAUAACUGUGGAAGAAAUAAACUUGAUGAGCUAAAUGAUAAAUUACUAUUUUACAUCAAACCUGACAGAACUCAUUGUGGAACAAAAUUCUGUGAGUACAAUAAAUGUAGACAAGUCAGCAAUAAAGAGUCCUGGCUCAUCACAAACCACAUAACACACACAGGAGUCUGUUUAUGCCCCGAAUGUGGCAGAAUCUUUAACAAGAAGUCACAGCUCAUCAUACAUCACAGAACUCACACAGGUGAGAAGCCUUAUGGAUGCAGUGAGUGUGGGAAAGCCUUCUCUCAGAAGUCACUGCUCACUAUUCAUCAAAGGACUCAUUCAGGAGAAAAACCCUAUCAGUGUGGAGAAUGUCAAAAAGCUUUCAGCAGGAAGUCACCUCUCAUUCUGCAUCAGAGAACUCACACAGGAGAGAAGCCCUAUGGAUGCAGUGAGUGUGGGAAAGGCUUCAGCAGGAAGUCACAGCUCAAAAGACAUCAAAUAACCCACACAAGAGAGAAACCCUAUCAGUGCAGUGACUGUGGGAAAGCUUUUUCCCAGAAAUUUAAGCUCAUUACACAUCAAAGAGUACAUACAGGAGAGAAACCCUACAAGUGUGGAGAUUGUGGAAGAGCCUUCUUUUGGAAGUCACAGCUUAUUACUCAUCAGAGGACACACACAGGGAAGAAGCCUUAUGCAUGCAGUGAGUGUAAGAAAGCCUUCAGCAGGAACUCACUGCUCAUUAGGCACCAGAGGAUUCACACUGGAGAGAAACCCUAUGGAUGCAGUGAAUGUGGUGAAGCCUUCAUCAGAAAACCACAGCUCAUUAAACAUCAAAUGAUUCACACUGGAGAGAAGAAUUAUCGGUGCACUGAAUGUGAAGAAGGCUUUUAUAAGAAGUCAGAGCUCAUUAGACAUCAAAAACUUCACUUAGGGGAGAAACCUUACGGCUGUGUGGAAUGUGGAAAAACCUUCUUUGGGAAGUCACAGCUCCUAACACAUCAGAGAACACACACUGGAGAGAAACCAUUUGAAUGCAAUGAAUGUGGGAAAGCCUUCACCCAAAAGUCAAGCCUGAUAUCACAUCAAAGAACACACACUGGUGAGAAACCCUACGAGUGCAGUGAGUGUGGGAAGACCUUCAGUGAGAAGUCAAGUCUCAUUCAUCACCAAAGAACCCAUACUGGGGAAAAACCCUUUGAAUGUAGUGAAUGUAGGAAGGCUUUUGCCUGGAAGCCACAGCUCCUUCGGCAUCAGAGAAUUCACACGGGAGAAAAGCCCUACGAGUGCAGUGAGUGUGGUAAAGCAUUUGUUCAGAAAGUGCAACUCAUUAAGCAUCAGAGAAAUCACACAGGGGAAAAGACCUAUGGAUGCAGUGAUUGUACAAAAGCUUUCUUUGAAAAGGCACAGCUCAUUAUACACCAGAGAAUUCAUACAGGUGAGAGACCCUAUAAAUGUGCUGAAUGUGGGAAGUCUUUCACGAGAAAGUCACACCUCAUGAGGCAUCAAAGAAUUCACACAGGAGAUAGGUACUAUGGGUGCCCUGAAUGUGGGACAGCCUUCAGCCGGAAGACACAGCUCAUGACCCAUCAAAGAAUACAUACAUAGACAACAUUUUUGCAGGGGGCAGGUAACCUGUGCCCUCAGUCAUAUCCCUUAUGGCACUGCAGGCUCAUGAAGGAAAUAAGACCUGUCAGUGCAGUGGCUGUUGCAAAUUAUUUGUGAUAAGGCAAGUCUCACUAGAUGGAAUUUUUAAAGAAGAGUAUUUUUUAGUAAGAAGACAAUAUUAGCAAACCUCCUUCCAGGAGACACAAUUUGCUUCAUAUUGAUGACUCCUCAGCAUGGGAGUCUCAUCAGUACUAAGCUUUUCAGCUAACUGACAAUUAAUUAAAUGUUCAGAAGACCUAAACAGGAGGAAAACUAUUGUAACAAGUGAGUGGAAGGUUUAUCAUGAAAGGAUACCUCACAGUACAAUAAAGAUGCAAAAAGGAAGUCCUGAGUAUCAUAAAGAUUUCCUUCUGAGGAGUAGUGCUGAAAACCUAAAAGAACUUGUUAAACAUGAUCUUGUUGAAAUCAUUCCAUAAAGAAGUGAUCAUUUUUAAAUAACAGGUGUUUUUAAAUGUGACAGUUUCUGCUUUCUGCCCUGGUGCUAUCACAUGACCUAGACUAACACUCUUGCCUUAAACAGAAACUGUGCAAUACAUAUGAAGUAAUGGUGUUUGGGUAUGACAGGUUUGUGUUACCUGCAAGAUGGAAAAACCUGGUGAGAAGAGCCCCGCAGUUGCCUCGCUCUUACUGGUGGAGCCUCCUGGCAGUUCAUAGACAGAAAUAACUGGUCCAGCUGAACUGAACAAAAUUGCUGAAUUGGCACCUGGGGAGGCCAAAGUAGCUAAAAUUUGCAGGGCAAGUAUUGAACAGGAGGGUACUUCCCAGAGAGGGCUACAGAAAACUAGAAAGAGUUCCAAAGUGUCUUGGCUUACAAUUGAUUAACCGAAAUGUGGGAUAUCCUGGAUGCAUCCAGGAAAUGUGGCCUGUGACCAGGAAGUGGAGUUACAAGCAGUAGCUGAGCAGUCCUGGGAUUCAGUUCAACUCAGAGGAUCUCAUAUCCCACCAGCCAGAGUGGGAACAGCUUUUAACAUGGGACAUCAACAGAACUCCCAAAGUGGGAUGUCUUAGUAGUGAGUGUGAUGGGCCCUAGAUUUAAAACUACUCUGGACACAAAAUAUCUGGGUCUCAGAAGUUACCUGGGAAUUACCUGGAAAGUGAGUCAAUAGGAAGAUACUUAAGAAAGCUUGAGGGGUUGGAAUUUGUAGACAGGGAGGUUCAAACAGGUAUCACAAAUAUAGAGGGAAAAAUUAAUUUGUUGAAACAUAAAGUGGAAGCUACAUUUUUUUUAAA